AUGAAAGCUAGAAUUAUCACAAUUGGCGAAUACCAAAUGUCUUCCUCAAGCCCCUUUUGUUUGUAUCAAUUACCCUCACCUCUCGUUACUCCCCCAAGGUCCCUUUCUCAAGAUCAAAGACAAGAGCAUUAUUUUAACUAUUUCUGCCUGGAAGACCUAUUCAAUAUUUACACAUUACAUGCAAUUCACAAUGAUUUAGCUCAAUGUUUCCAGCAGUUUCCCGGUUUUUUCUUUAAGGAUAGUUCAGGCAGAUCUUACAUAAAGACGCAGCUCAUGGCUGAUAUUGCCUUGAAGCAUAACUUAUGUGCACUGUCUGAUUUAUGUCUGCUGGAUGGAGAAGAGAUAUUGAGCGGCAGCGCAGCUCCAUUGUUAAAGAACACCUUUGUCCGAUUAAAUUCUGCGCCAAUUUUGACUACAAUUGAAUCAUUCGAGCCGAAGCCACUCAGUGGCCGUGAAUGGUUCUUCAAAGCUAAUGAUAUCAAUAGACGUAAUGAAUGUCACUUUCCUAUCAAGUCAGAACCAUUUUCUCCUACUUUACCUCUACCCAAAGCCGCUGCUACUGUUUCUGUUAUCUCACCGUCGAACUCUCCACAAAGAUCUUUACACUUAUCAUCUGAGUGUUCCAUCUCUUCACUGAAUAAUGAAAAUCGAUCAAUGGAUCAUUUAUCGCCUCCACCAUUUACGCAAUUUACAGAAAGUAACAAGUCAAGCAUCAGGUUACCUAAACCUUCCCAACUUUUAAUGAAACGUCUCACUCCGAGAAGCGGUUAUAAAAAGAAUUUGACCAUUUCAACACCAUCUUACCACAAGGAGCCAUCAUCUACAACAGCAUACAAAUCAAAGGCUUACUAUCAUAUCCAAACUGCCCCUUUAAGACGUUCAACCUACCCUCCAAUCAAUAACACACUUCAUCAACAGCAACAACAUAAGAUCUACAAGAGAUCUUCCAAAGUCAUCCCUACGCUGAAGUAUCGUCAUGACACUGAUAUACCUCAUCUUCCUGCUUCUGCUACAGCCCGGCCUAUUGCCACUUCAGCUGCGGCAAGAAUGAAUGAAGCAGAAGAUCAUAAUACCAACAAUACGAUUACCACUUAUAACAACGUUGUCAGAUUCCCUAGUCCACCUAUCGUUCCAUCUCAACAGCCGGCUUGGAACCAAUAUCGUCAAUCAAGAAAGCAAUAUUCACAGCAACAACAACAACAGCAACAUACUAAAAAAAGAGUUCCCAAAAACCUUACCGCUUCUUCCUUGCUUACUUCACAACAAAACCUUACCGCAAAACAGAAAUUUUUACAACCCUUUGAAUAUCUCUAUGAUCAAAUUGAGCAAACACGUCAUUUAAAGACUACUCUUGAUGAUCAAAUCCGCCGUUCCUCUACUUUGCUGCAGACACUUCAAACUUCCAGUACAGUUAUGAUUGAGCCUUUGAUUCAUCAGAAAGUAAGCCAACACAUGUUGGAUUCUAGAUUUGAGCAACGUUUACGUGAAUGCCAUGAUCGCAUCUCUCACUUGGAAUGCCGUUUCAAUAAGCUGAAGGAUAAAGAUCAGGAUAAAGAUCAGGAUGAAGAUGGCAUUGCUCUUGACCAGAAUACAACUACCGCAAAAGAGGAGGAAGAAGUACAAAAACCCUUAAUCAUGGAGCUCUUGAGAAGAAUCGAACACUUAGAAGACAAAUACCAUCGUCAACAAUAA